AUGAUCUCUGCUAUGAACCAGAGCCUUUUAGUUGAGAGUGAAGAAGAGGAUUCAACUAAGCUCAUAUGUAACGCCUUCUACGAUGGCAAUCCUACUCUUAUAAAGGGAAGCGGGGAGUUCUUAUUUGAUGAUCUUGAUUUUGAAGAUAUGCUUGGUAAUAAAAUUGACGGCUGGGCCUGUAACGUGAUCUACGCUGACGAUAAAGAUGGCCUGGUAUAG